AUGCAGCUUAAAGAUCUCGACCCUUCUAACAAAGCCAUAACUAUUUUUGGAUAUUCUUUGUGGCACAUCUGGAAAGCCAAGAACAACCUCAUUUUCAAAGCUGAUAUACCCACACUUGAGGACACAAUUCACAGUAUUUUAAGGGACGCAGAAGAAUUCCAGCAGUCCAUGAUAAAAUCACCAAUUCCUCAUCCUUGUAGAUCAAGCAAUCACAUUUAUAGCACAAAUAUCCAAGGAAUCCCGACAGGAUUUAUAAAGCUAAAUUAUGAUGCUGCUGUCGAUGCGCAAAAGAAAAGAGGUUUCGUUGGAAUUGUGUCUAAAGACGAGCAUAUGUGCUUGAAAGGUAAGUUCUCGGCAGCAUACAAGUUUAUUUGGGACCCGGGCAUUUUGGAAAUGUUGGCUCUUCGAGAAGCAAUGAAUUGGGCAAUUUCUAAAGGUUGGAAAAAUACAAUCUUCGAAGGUGAUGCUCUCCAAAUUACCACUAUCAUAAAAUCUCAAAAAUGCUCCAUAGCAAGUAUUCAAGGUGUUUGUGCAGAUAUCUGGCAUCUCCAAAAUUCCUUCGAUAAUAUUGUCUUCCAAUCAGUACCUCGACAACAAAACAUAGAAGCGCAUAAUUGGGUGCAGCAGCAAAGCGAGGGCAUAAGAUUAGUACCAUCGAAAACAGAUCAAGGGCGUGACCACGGGAUAGUGCCUACGCUACACUCUACCCGAUACAACCCUCCCUCAUGA